AUUAUACGUGGAACUACAGGAACAGGAGCAGAUUUAUAUCGUUCGAGUUUGAUAUGUCAUUGAUGAAAGUGAAAUUACUUUUCUACAUGUUUGAUAUUGCAUUUAACUUAUCGUUGAAUAUGCGUGUAUAGACAUAUAUAAGCAAUCGAGUGGAUUAAUAAAUUCGAUUGUAGAGUCGAUUAAACACAAAGAGAGAAGGGGCAUUGCCCUGAUUAGUACAAUUUCGCCGGUAAUUUCCGGAAGUGCCGCUCCUUUUCGGAACGCAUCGUGUAUGCGGGUGUCUUACGUGUAAAUAGAUUAAAUUAUCAUUAUUAAAUAAUUGAAUAAUACGUAUUCCGCUUUUCUCGCAUUUCCCACCUUUAGACGUACCAUAUAUCUGAGGAAUCUAUGAACUAAUAUCUUCUUCGUACCGGAAUAUGAAAUGGCAAGAAUCAUAGCUUGUGUGGUAUUAGUUUAUCUUAGUGCAUAUUGUAAUAUAUUAAAUGCAGAGGAGAAUCAUGACAGCAGUGUCAAUGCUGAAAUACAGAAACCAUCUUACAAAAGUCCAGAACCUUCCGACUUUGCUUACUUAGCAGAGAAUUUUGAUAGCGAAGAGAGAUUUAGAAAAACAUGGCUAUUAUCGGAAGCGAAAAAGGACGAUAUCGACGAAGAUAUUGCCAAAUAUGAUGGAAUUUGGUCCAUUGAAGAACCUAAGGAACACGCAGAGAAUGGAAACCUAGGAUUAGUGCUUAAGAGCAAAGCUAGACAUGCUGCCGUUUCUACUUUAUUAACUAAGCCAUUUUUCUUUGAAGACAAACCCUUAAUUGUACAGUAUGAAGUUAAUUUUCAAGAAGGACAGGAAUGUGGUGGCGCCUAUCUUAAAUUGCUCACAUUAGACGAUAAGCAUAAAGACUUGAAACAAUUCCAUGAUAAAACACCAUAUACUAUAAUGUUUGGGCCUGAUAAAUGUGGCAACGAUCAUAAGCUCCAUUUUAUAUUUCGACAUAAAAAUCCAUUGAAUGGUACAAUCACAGAAAAACAUUGUAAGAAAUCAAAAAAUCGACUGGAAGAUUAUUUCAAAGAUAAACAGCCACAUUUAUAUACUUUGAUCGUACGGCCUGAUAAUAGUUAUGAGAUUAAAGUGGAUAAUAAAAUCUUAAAUUCGGGUUCGUUAUUAGAUGAUUUUGUGCCUCCCGUGAAUCCGCCUUUGGAGAUAGAGGAUCCUGAUGAUAAACAACCCGAGAAUUGGGAUGAUAGAGAAAAGAUUCCCGAUCCAUUGGCGGAGAAACCUGACGAUUGGGACGAAGACGCUCCAGCACAAAUAGUUGAUGAGGAAGACAUUAUGCCCGAAGGAUGGCUAGAGGAUGAACCGCCAAUGAUACCGAAUCCGGAUUCAGUUAAGCCCGAUGAUUGGGACAUUGAGAUGGAUGGUGAAUGGGAAGCUCCAGAAAUAUCGAACCCAAAAUGCGCCGACGUUCCUGGUUGCGGUCCCUAUAAGCAAAGAAUGAAGAAAAAUCCGCGAUAUAAAGGAAAAUGGCUGGCACCACUUAUCAACAAUCCUAAUUACAAGGGAAAAUGGAAGCCUAAACUUAUAAACAAUCCUGAAUACUUUAACGACGAACAUCCCUUCAAAAUGUUACCAAUUAGUGCUGUUGGUUUUGAACUGUGGUCAAUGUCACCUGAUAUAUAUUUUGACAAUAUAAUUAUAACGGAUGAUGAGGAAGUUGCAAAGAAAUGGGCAGAUGAUAGCUUUGAGAUUCGACGUGUUAAAAUUGCUGAAGAAAGUUGGAUUAUAUGGAAUCGAAUCGCAACAUUUACUGCAGACCAUCCAUGGAUAUGGGCAGUAUAUAUAUUGUUAGCUGCAGUGCCUGUAGUACUGAUAAUAUACUUUUGCUGCUAUUCAGAGGGUAAAUCAGAUUUCAAGGAUGAUGAUGAUGAAGAAGAAGAAAAAGCACCUUUAGGAAUAAGCAAUGAUGUCGCAGAAAAUGCAGAAAGUGAAAAUCAAUCUUUGAAUGCCGAACUAACUGAACAAAAAUCUACUACAGAAGAAACUGAAGAUACAGAGAAAGAGACUGGAACAGAGGAAGUAAUUGAAAGUGAUAAGUUCCUGUGCAUGAAAAUUCAUUUGUCAAAUUUUUAUCCAACUCGGAUUUAUAAUGAAAUAAAAUAUAUAAUGCGAUUCAAAAGUGCCUAUUAUUAAAAAAAAAAAAAAAAAACGGAUAUGGAAAAAGUUAACACGGACGAGUUGAUCCCGAAAUUAAUUUCCGGCACAUACGAGGAAUUUUGUGACAAUAUUGUUGUGUUUCUAGAAAUUUAUGAUAAGAAGACUAAUUUUGAAGAGUUGAAUAAAAACUGUUUACGAGAGAAACUAUGGAAGAGAUUGUUUUAUUAUUUAACAGAUUGCACUCAUCGAGACCAUCAUCAUCAUUAUUUAGCUGCUUUGAGAAUACUCAGUCGAGAUAAAACCAAUUUGAAUGAAUUAAUUACUGAUGAGGAAAUAAAAAUUAUAUUGCAAAAUGCAAUAUUGACAAAAAUAUGCGAAGAAGAACAAAUCUCAUAUACAGCUGGUACAACAGAAUCACUAAAAUUGUUGUGCAACUUGUUAUUUAAUAGUGUAAAAGUACAACAAUCUAAAGUUUUAAUAUCUUCCUUGCCUUAUCUUAUUGACCGAAUCAAAAAUUAUUCAAUUAAUGUUCCUCACAAUGUCAAAUUAUUUGACAUGAGAAUACUAUUUCUCCUUACUGCAUUAAAUAUAUCUACAAGGGAUAUAGUCAAAACUGAUUUAUGUGGUGAUAUAUGUCUUAUUAAAAUAAUAGAGGAAUUUGUGACACAAAAUCGUGAUAAUAACACAACUGUAAUUAAGGAGGAAAUAAUGGUAGUUUGUGAAGUUUUGAAAGUUUUAUUUAAUUUGUAUGUACACUCUGAUGAUACUGGAGUCGAAGAUCAAGAAAAAUACAAAAAUUUAGUGUUAAUUUUGUAUAAAUUGUUAGUUUUUAAAUACUCACUACAACAAGAUGAUCUGGAAAGCAAUGUCAUCAAUUUAUUGACCGUAAUACCGUCUAGCUGCUAUACACCAAUUAUACAACCUGUUGAGAACAAUGAUUGCAAAAAUGUAUAUCAAAAUAUGGAUAUGAGCGCUAUAUGCGUUCUACUUAAAUUUUUAGAUCAGAGAUUAGACUGUAAGAUAAAUUUGAUAGAAAAUAUCUCUCCAGUAGUUACCGCAUUGAUCAGACUUGUCAAGUCGGAGAAGAUUAUUCGUAAAUAUGUGAGAUUGCAGAUUUUACCUCCACUGAAGGAUGUGAUGAAUCGCCCUGAAGAAGGGACGACAUUAAGAGCUAAAUUAUGCAAAUUACUAACUUCGCCUCUCACGGAAUUGCGUGACUUAGUUGCAGAACUUUUAUUUAUCCUUUGUAAAGAAAAUGUUAGCCGCAUGGUGAAAUAUACAGGAUACGGAAAUGCGGCGGGUAUGUUCGCCAAGAAAGGAUUGUUAGGAUCUAACCAGACGGAAACGAAUUAUUCUUCGGAAUCGGAAGAUAGCGAAACGGAAGAAUAUUUAAAGUUUAAAGAGCAAAUAAAUCCAGUAACCGGAUGUUUCGAGAAUCCCAAACCAAAUCCGCUUGAAGGUAUGACGGAUGCGCAAAAGGAGUAUGAAGCCUUACAACUAGUAAAUCUUGUUGAUAAGUUAACGAGGGAGGGAGUCGUGCGUCCUUGCCGCAUCGGCGACGAUGGGAAACCGAAACCCAUAGAACAUGUUCUCGAAUUACAGAGCGAAUUAUCAAGACAACAGUACGGUAGAAAGGACUCCGACUCUGAAUAAAUAUAUUUCCAAAAUACAGGAUAUGAUCUGUAUGUCGAUAUCCUUUCGAAUAAAGAUGUCUAAAGUGAAUAAUUUGUCUAUGUAUGUGUAGGCCUGUACAAAAUCGUCAUUUUUUGUUAGAUAAAUAUAACUAACAAUUGUCUAAA